AUGUCUUACGCUGAAGCUGCUGCUAAGGGACCAAAGCAGUCCCCUGAAGAGGUUGAAAGAGUCUAUCGCGAUGAAUCCGAGAGCACCGCUUCCCUAGUGGACGUGGACACCCCUCACGUCCAGUCCGUCGAUUCCGGUUUCCUGAACCAAGAAGUCAAGACUACCACACAAGCCGAGCGCCUAGAGCGAGAAGCACAGGCCGAGGAAGAGAGUAAGGCACAGGAGAAGCGUAAGGCGAAGGCGAAGCGCAGGUCGUCCGCCGUGAGCCGCAACAAGGACAACCCGGUCUUCAUUGGCAAUGCCGUCCUCUUGGGCUUGGUCGGUGCGGGACUGGGCUUUGGCGCGUACAAGAAGCACGCCCAGGGUAGUCUGUCAUGGGAGACGGUUGGGCUGUGGACUGGCGCAGUGGGCGCGUUCGGUGCUGUUGAUUACUUUGUGAGCAAGUGGUUCCUCCAGAACAAAUACCCUCCUAAGUGA